AUGCUCUUUAGCAAAUAAAUCUAGAAAUUCUUAAAGUCAUUCAUUCCUGCUAAGUUAUACCACAGAACUAUGUACAACACUUAAUGCGGAUUUAAAAACUUGAACUCUUCACAACAGAAUCAAGGUUAAGAGUUAAAAUUAAUGAUCAAUGAUGUCUACUAAAGAGCUUAUGAAUCUUUUUUAGAUGAAAACUAUGAAGAAAGUGCUAAGAGCUUCAAGUAGCUCAAGAAAUUAGAUCCUCAUAAUAUCCAUAAUCAAAUCAAUUAUAGCAUAGCUCUAUAAAAAUCUAACAAACCAUAUGACGGUCUUAAAGCUAUUAAGAAAGCCCUAUCUAUGAUUGAUGGCAAUUAAAACAAAGGUUAGCAAUAAAACAAUUAACAAGAUACUUCUGUUUUAUAGCAAAAUAUAAUAGCUCCUAAUCCUUUUCUUAAAUCAUCUGCCUUAGCUGUUAAAGCUUAAUGCUUGGCUUCUUUAAAUUAAAUUGAUGAUGCUAUCAAAAUUUACGAAGAAGCAGCAAGUCUUAACAACCAAUAAUACCUAUCUUUAGGUAAUUUCUGUUUUGAAUAGAAAAGACUUCAUAAAGCUCUUGUCCAUUUGUUAAAAGCAGCUAGCACUAAAAACUAAAGUCUAAACGAAGUUAUGAUUAGCAUUAUUAAAACGCUUUACGAAUUGCGUUUAUUUAAAGCUUGCUUUGAAUUAUCUGAAAAAUACCUAUUUAUUUUUCACAAUCAGUAUGAAGGUAUGUAUUUUGCAGGAAAAUCUUGCUAUCAACUCAAUAAUAAAGAAAAAGCUAGAAAAUAUCUAGAAAUGGCUGUCGUUGUAGCUCCUCAAUAAUUUGAACCAGUGAUUGCCCUCUCAAAAUUAUUAAGAGAGCAAGGAGAAUGCUAAGAAGCUCUUAACAUCUUGUAAAAAUUUUUGAAUUACGAUUGCUCUUAAGCAGAGAUCUACCUGGAAGCUGCAGAGAGUCUAAUAAAAUUAAAUAGAAAAGACAAUUUAAUUGAUUAUUUGUAAUAAUCUUUGAAAUUAAAUUAAAAAUGCUUAAGGACUCACAUAUUGCUAGGAGAAAAUUUAACUAAUUUACAAGAAAAGAUCAAGAUUAUUGAUAUAGGGUUAAUCUACUUUCCUGACUCUCAUGAGCUUCAUUUCCUGAAGAGCACUAUUCACUAAUAACUAAAUAACACAGCUCUUUAGAUUAGAGAAUUAGAAAAGUGUCUUUCCUUGUUAGAAUAAAAUAGAAAUAAUAACUAAGUAGAAUGCUAAUAUUCAUUUAAAUAUCCGUAACAGCUAAUCUAGGCGAUUACUUGCAAGCUUUAGGAAGAAUAAAUUAACCCUAAUGAGCAACUUGAAUUGUAAUCUAAAUUAAAUAAAAUUAAAUUGCAAUAUGAGAGCUACUUUUAAGAAAAAACAAUUAAUUAGAAAAUACUUUCUGCCUUGGAGGUAAAAAACAGUAGCACUGACCUUUCAACAUUACUUUUAAACUAAACUGAUUUGAUUCACUUAGUUAAAGCAAUAAAUAAAAUUAAUUUGCAAGGAGGAAUCCACUUUUUAGUUGGAUUGGAAUAUGCUAAAAGGAAUUAACACUAACAAUCCCAGCAUAAUUUAGAAUAAAUUGAAAUGUUUGAGUUACCAUUAGAAUCUUAGAUAAUAAUAAAUUUCUUGCAAUUUCAUAAUUUAUUUGAAUAACAAGAUUAUUAAAGAUCCCUCGAAAAAAUAAAUGUUAUCUAAAAAUAACUUGAGUCUAAUCGUUUGUCAGAGUAACUAAUAGCCGAUCUUAAGCAAAUGGCAAAAGAAACAAAUCUAGGAAAGUCAUUUACAUAAAUGGAAGGAUUGUAAGACGUCAAAUAGUUUUGCUAAGAACAAAUAGAAACACUGGCAAUAACAAUGAAGUUGAAGCAAGUAUUUCCUUAAUUUUGA